CGUCGGCAGCGCUGUGUCGCCGCGGCUCUGGCCGGCGCAUCUUUUUGAAACAGAGCUAAGUGUAAUGGUGGGGCGGCGGGGUGCGUGAGUGUUCGCCAGCGUAAGGGCGGUCGGGGUGCAGUGCGGCGCGAGGAGGCGGCCGAUCAGGGCUGCUUCAGAAAUGCUGCAGUACGAGGAUUCCAAGUACACGUGUCUCUUCGAGAGUCUCACCCCCUUCACCCGCUUCUUGGGAGUUUUCACGUCUGUCGUUCUGUGCGGAGUUGGCGUCGACAUCUCUUUUCACCACCAUCCAAUGGGCCUCUACAUUAUAGUGUGUGCUUUGCUGGUGUUUUUCCUGGAAAUCACGUGGACUGUCUCGUUAUUCCUGCAAGUGUGCUCUCGGGGCGAGCGGCGCUGCGUUUGCUGGCGCUGGGUCCUUUGGUUCAACGGCUGGAAAAAGAGUCUGCUCUACUGCGGGAUCGCGGCCGCGUUGAUUGCGUGGCCACAUCACCUCUGGCUCUCCACCGUUGCCGGUGGAAUGCUGCUGAUCCUGGCCGCGUGCUACGCCCUGUUGUCGCUCAGCUCCUCCCGCCCCAGUCCUGACUCGCGACUUUUGCACGCUCAUGGUGAAGACAGCUGCGACAGAUUUGACACUGAAGUGCUGGACGACUCAUUCUCGACAACAGAAUCUCCAACAAGACAUUCAAGACCUGGCCAGUCUGGAGGAAUCGUUCUAGAAAUUUAGCAGCUAUUUGAAAAAAUAGCCCCUGUGAAAUGUGAUACUUUUAAUGUAAAGUAGUUUGUAACAUCCAGCUUGGUGACUUGGUUUUUCAAAUUUUAACUGAAAUUUAGAAAGUAUAUGACUUGUUUUAAGUAGAUUAGUCAAGAAUGCACAAGGUGCUUUUUGGCGAUGUACAUAUAUGUAUUUUUAAGGAUUUGUCAGUUGUCUGUUGUAUAAUUUUUAUUCGAAGCUAAAUGCAGCAAUAAAUUUUGUACUGUGAAAUGA